GAAAUCUGAUUCGGCUAUCUGGCAACACUGAAGUGAAGUGAGAAGAAAAAAACGAAUUUAGCAUUUUCGACAACAUAUUUAGCAGGAGUUACAACGCAAAAUGGCAGCGCCAAUGCAACACGAGGAUCUGCUUAAGCUGAAGAGCUUUAUUGAGUUUGUGGACGCAAAUCCCACGGUCUUGAACAUGCCGCAGUUGCAGUUUGUGAAGGAUUUCGUCGAGAAGUUCGGCGGAAAGGUCCCGGCCGGUGAUUUCAAGAUGCCCGACGCCGCCGCUGGCGGAAAGUGCCCCUUCGGCGGCGAUGCCGGUGGCAAAGGCAAGAAGCCGGCGGAGGCCUCCGAGAGUCUCUCCGAUGACAGCCAGGAUGAGGAGUCCCUGUCUGAGCCAGAGUCUGAGGUGGAGCUGGACAUGGAGGGAGUCAUCGAAGCCGACAAUGAGCCUCCUCAGCCUAUGGGCGACUCCGCCAAGGCGCCGACCGAGGAGGAGGCUGAUCAAGCCGGUGACUUGCGUGGCCAGGCUGCGGCCGCCUACGGCGAGCAAAAGUUCGAGGAGGCCAUAACCCUCUAUACCAAGGCCAUCGAGCUUAAUCCGGGCAACGCCCUCUUUCACGCCAAGCGCGGCCAAGCCUUCCUCAAGCUGAAGAAGCCGAACGCAUGCAUUCGGGACUGCGACAAGGCCCUGGAGCUGAAUUGCGACUCGGCGGCCGCCUACAAGUUCCGCGGCCGCGCUCACCGACUGCUGGGCGACUUUGCUGAGGCGGCCAAGGAUCUGCGCCAGGCCUGCAAGCUGGACUUCGACGAGGAAGCCGACGAGUGGCUGCGCGAGGUGACGCCCAAUGCCAAGAAGAUCGAGCAACACCGCGUCAAGCAAGAGCGCCGCCAGGCUGAGCGCAAGGUCAAGGAGCGCCAGCGGGCCCAGCGGCGGGCGCGCAAGGAGCAGGCCAAGCAGAGUGCCAACUCGACUGGAUCGGGUGCUGGUGGCGCCGGAGGUUUCCCGGGCGGAUUCCCUGGAGGUUUCCCAGGUGGAUUCCCUGGAGCUGGAGCUGGCGGUGGCGGAAUGCCCGGUGGUGUAGACAUGGCCGACUUGAUGGGACUCAUGAAGGAUCCUGAGGUGGCCGCCGCCAUGCAGGACAUCCUCGCCAACCCGGCCAACAUCUCGAAGUACGUGUCUAAUCCGAAAAUUUUCAAUCUGAUCAAGAAGUUCGUGCCCGGUGGAGACAUUGGAGCUGCUUUCGGGCAGGCUGAGCCGCCAAAGGCCGGCCCAGAGUCCGGACCGGAGCCCAAGGCCACUAAGGACUCCGCCGACUUCGUGGAUGACGGCUUGGACUAAGUUGUAUGCAAAUACUAACAAACGCGAAAAAUCAUGCCAGACCCUUCACACCACACAGAGCAGGACAACAGGUCUUCGGAGUAGAGAUAUAGAAACAGAGUCAGACUGAGAAACAGAGAAACAGAGAAACGAAUUAAAAAGAGAGAGGAGACAAAGAGAAGUAGAGAACGGAGACAGCUGCUGCCUUAGCGAUUUCUUAAAAAACGGAAAAGGAAAAACAAAAAGGAUUGAAAUACGAAUUACUUCCAAUUCUUUUGGGCCAGUUUAAAUUUAUAAUUUAAAAACAUAAAUAAAAAUUAAGCUACAAUUAACAGAAGAACUCCAAACACCCGGAACAAGAGGAACUAGAAGCACUGGCGAAAAACAUAAAGCCAAAAUGAAUGGAAACCAAUUCCAGACGAAAGGGUUAGAAGAGAACAGGCCUUUUGUCCACUAAUCAUCCACUCAUCUAAUCUUGGCCAGUUUCAUUACCAACUUCAUGCCGCCUUGGGCAAUUCCCAGCUUACUCAAGCCAACCAAAAUGCACCGAAAAUGUUACUCACAUUUAAAAGUGAAGUCAUGGCAUGUCUGUCGAUCUAGUUUAACUAAUGCUCGAUAAGAAACCAAAUAUAUAAAAAAAAUACUAUGUAUAUUACAAAUUUAGCCCUAAUAAACGAUACUCUGUUCCAGCAGCAGAUAGCAAGCCGCAAAACGGAAGGAAGUCAAUCUAAAGAAAAGUGCAUACCAUCGUUUUUUUCAAACAAAAUUGUACUGACUAAAAUUUCAAUAAUAUUGUACUAAGCAAAUGCAUUUAGCCACCCACACCUACGCGAACGCGAAUCACUCAAAUUCACCCUCUGGCCCAUUCAUUCACACAUUCAAAUAUUCGUGGCCUGAGUUCCAAGCAUGUCAAACAUUUAAGUAACCAGUGAUCGAAAUAAAGAAACGAGAAUCCGAA